AACCGCUCUAAACCGAAACAAAGCAACAUGAACCAAACCCGAAGUGGUAGCUCGGGAUUCAAAACUGGGACCAUACAUAGGGCAUGACUGGAGAACAGACAACUAUUAUGGACUGCAGCACAGCUGACGUACCCAGUAACACAGUACACGACUCUGCAGAGAACGACAACUCCUGCUCUGAUGAUGAUGUACCUCUCUCGAAGCUCCGCAGUGACGAGAAUCAGUCACGUGAAAACACACACAGCUCCAACAACAGUUCAGAAAAGGACCAAAGUGCUUCGGAUGACUCCGCUGAUGACAAGCCUUUGAUAAAAAAGAAAACAAUCUCUGUACCAGCUGAGAAACCAGAGAAAAAAGAAAACACAUCAGCAACAUCUAAUGGCACGAAUAAAAAGAAAGCAGAUUUGAAUACAGAUGAAAGCUCUGACAAUGAGCCUCUUGUAAAAAAUGCAAAGGAAAAGUCAGUUGAUUCAGAGAAGAAAGAAUCAAAAGAUGAAGACAAUAGCUCGGAUGAUGAGCCUUUGAGUGAACUCGCCAAGAAACCGAACCGCACACGUCAGAGGAAAUCACCGAGAAAGUCACCUGGUACUCCGUCGAAGAAAUCUAAAAGGAAUGCAGCAAGGAAAGAGGAUUCAAAUUCAAAUGAAAGCUCUGACAAUGAGCCUCUCGUAAAAAUUGCCAAAAAAUCCUCCAAAGCCGCAAAGAAGGAAUCAGAGGAUGAAGACGAUAGCUCGGAUGAUGAGUCGAACCGCACAAGUCAGAGGAAGUCACCGAGAAAGUCACCUGGUACUCCGUCGACAAAGUCUAAAAGGAACACAGCAAGGAAACAGAUUAAAUAUGCAGAGUCUUCCGGUGACAGCUCAGACGAUGAACCACUGGCAACAACCAAGAGGAAGCUGACGAAGACUUCAGACAACAGCAGGAACGCUAAAACAAAACGUGAAGACAAAUCAUGGGAAGAAUCAGAGGAUGAAGACAAGAGCUCGGAUGAUGAGCCUUUGAGUAAACUCAGCAAGAAAGUGAACCGCUCACGUCAGAAAAAGUCACCUAGAAAGUCACGGGGUACUCCAUCGACGAAAUCUAAAAGGAGCGCGUCAAGGAAAAAGGUUAAAUUUGCAGAGUCUUCCAGUCACAGCUCAGACGAUGAACCACUGGCAACAACCAAGAGGAAGCUGACGAAGACUUCAGACAACAGCAGGAAAACUAAAACAAAACCUAAAGACAAAUCAAUGAAAGAUUCGAAUUCAGAUGAAAGCUCUGACAAUGAGCCUCUCGUAAAAAUUGCCAAAAAAUCCUCCAAAGCUGCAAAGAAAGAAUCAGAGGAUGAAGACGAUAGCUUGGAUGAUGAGCCGAGCCGCACACAAAAGAGAAAGUCACAGAGGAAGUCACCUGGUACUCCAUCGACAAAGUCUAAAAGGAAUGUAGCAAGGAAAAAGGUUAAAUAUGCAGAGUCUUCCAGUCACAGUUCAGACGAUGAACCACUGGCAACAUCCAAGAGGAAGCUGACGAAGGCUUCAGACAACAGCAGGAAAAAAAAACUUAAAGAAAAAAAAGGGAGCGACAGCGCCUGCUCUGAUGAUGAUAUACCUCUCUCGAAGCUCAGCAGUGACGAGAAACAAUCACGUGAAAACACACACAGCUCCAACAACAAUUCAGAAAAGGAAAAAAGUGCUUCGGAUGAGUCCUCUGACGACAAGCUUUUGGUUAAAAAGAAAACUGCAAAAGCUAAGAAACCAGAGAAAAAGGUCAACAGGUCACGCAGAUCUAAUGGCACAAAUAACAAGAAAGCAGAUUCAAAUCCAGAUGAAAGCUCUGACAAUGAGCCUCUUGUAAAAAUUGCCAAAAGAUCCUCCAAAGCUGCAAAGAAAAAAGUUGAUUCAAAGAAGAAAGAAUCAGAGGAUGAAGACAUAAGCUCGGAUGAUGAGCCUUUGAGUGAAGUCUGCAAGAAACUGAGCCGCCUACGAGAGAGAAAGUCACCUUGUACUCCAUCUAAGUCUAAAAGGAGCGCAGCAAGAAAACCGGUUAAAUAUGCAGAGUCGCCCAGUCACAGCUCAGACGAUGAACCACUGGCAACAACCAAGAGGAAGCUGACGAAGACUUCAGACAACAGAAAGAAGACAAGAACAAAAGGCAGCUCAGAUGAUGAUGAUGAUGAUGAUGAUGAUGAUGAUGUGCCCUUGGUGAAACUCGUUGCCAACAAGAAGAAACCAGUGAAGAAAAACACAAAGACGAGAGAGCCGUCAUGCAGUUCAGGCGAUGAAUACUUAAUGAUGGCAGCUAAACACCCACUAGUGACCAAACUGCUCAGGAUAAUACUGGACAGAUGUGAUGAUGAAGAAGCUGGGGCAACAGAAGGCAUGGACAAAACCAUGACAGAAGCAACAAAAGCACAGAUUGAUGAAAAGGCCUCGAGGGAGGAGACAGUGGAGUCACCAGAGGAAGAAUAAUAAGCAGAUGAAUUGCGAGGAAAGAAGGCAUUUUAUUGUUGCCUUUCACCUGCUGGACGGGACGUUCAGACCAUGGAGAGACACUCCUUAAAAAUCACAGUUAAUGUUAAGUUAAACACUGUGUUUUAUGUCCAGUACAUACAUGUUAUGUAACCUUUUAAUUUCAUUUAACUGUCUGGGGGAAAGAGUGUGUUUGUACACUUUUAUUGAUUAACUUAGUACUACAUUUGGUAAUCUUUAAAUGUUGUGUUUUUUAUAAAUGUUCUCUGUGUGGUGUGGCUGUUAAAAAAGAAGAAACAACAAAUUUUUUAUAUUUUUACCGUCAUUUUUAGUUUGGGGCCAUGUUUUAUGAAGAUUUUUUGCAAAUUAUUUUAUGUUAUUUUACUAAUGGGGCCUUUUCUUUGCAUCGGUUAUCUGUCUGGUUUUAUUUUUAUUUUUUUAAAAGAAUAAUACGACACCCAUUGAAAUAAACUACAUUGCUGUUUUCAUAUGAGCUGUACACUCAUGAGCUGCAGUGAAAUCCUCUUGUGAUGGAUUAAACUGCUUUCACUAGGAAAUUCA